AUGAAAGGCUUCCUCUUUCUCUUUCUCACUCAAUUUCUCUCUUUCUCCCUCUCUCUGUCUAAGUUAUCAGCACAACAGUUAAAGAAUGGAAGGAGAAGCUGCUGCCGCCGUCCUUCAAGCUCUAGUUCAAAACCUCAUCGACCUCUGCAAGAAAGAGAUCUCUCAAAUCCGAGAUCUCUCAAAUCCGAGAAGCGUGACAUCACCAGCGAAGCUGUCAAGAGCUGGCUGGAGAAUCUUGAAAACGUGGCGUUCGAUGCUGACAAUGUUUUGGAUGAAGUCAACUAUCAUAUUCUCUCCAAACAAAUCAAGCCCGCCGAGCCCGAGAAGGAAAAGGUACCAUCAUGCUUCUCAUGCUUCAAGCAUAUUUCACGUUCUCGAAAUAUGGCUCUUAAAAUCAAAGAAAUCAAUGAGAAUUUGGAGUUCAUUAACAAAGAGGCCGCCAAGCUUGGCCUCGUAGAGAAGCUUGCUAAUGAGCCUGCUUUGGUUAUUGCUGCUUUGGAAACUGAUUCAUACACUCUUGAUCCAAUUUUUAUUGGAAGAGAUAAUGUUGAUUACCAUCAUUUCCAUUGUCGGGAUGGGGGAUUGGGGAAGACGACAUUGACUAGGAAAGUCUUCAAUCGUCUGAAGAAUGAGAAUAGGUUUGGAUCACAUAUUUGGGUGCAUGUUUCCCCAAAUUUUGAUGCAAUAACUCUUUUCAAGAAAAUUCUCAAAGAGUUGACUUCUUCUGAUGGAGUUGAAGUUGAGAGUAAGCAAGAUAUUCUUUCAAAGCUUGAAGAAGCUUUGAAAGAUAAAACAUAUCUUCUUAUUCUUGAUGAUGUAUGGAAUGAAGAUCUUUCUAAAUGGGAAGAUUUUAUCAAUUCCUUGUUGGGAGUUAGUUCUGUUAAGGGAAAUGCAAUUGUUGUCACCACUAGAAGUAUGAAGGUUGCUUCAAUUGUGAAAUCACUUCAUACACAUAAGUUGAAAGGCUUAUCAAAGGAAGAUUGUUGGUCAAUAAUCAAAGCAAAAGCCUUUGAAAAAGAAAAUGUUCCAUCAGAAUUUGAGGCCAUUGGGAGUAAGAUAGCAAGAAGGUGUCAAGGUUUGCCAUUGGCUGCCAAUGUAGUUGGGGGAAUACUGAGCAAUCAAUUUGAGGAAAAAUGGCGUUCAAUCGAGGAGAAAUGGCUUUCACCAAAUGAUGGUGGAGAUAAUAUCACAAAAAUAUUAAGAUUGAGCUUUGAUAAUUUGUCUCCACCAUUACUUAAGAAGUGCUUUGCUUACUGUGCGAUGUUUCCUAAAGGCUCUGAAAUCAUCAAACAAGAAUUGAUUGAGAUGUGGAUGGCAGAAGGUUUCCUUCAAGCUGAUGGCAGGGAUGACAUGGAGUCCGUGGGCGAAGAAUUUAUCAACGUUCUUCUGCACAACUCUUUAUUGCAAGUUUCAGAAAGAGAUUAUUACGGAAAUGUCAAAAGUUGUGGCAUGCAUGAUCUUGUGCACGAUCUGGCUUGUUCUGUUUCAAGUUCCUCUAAUAGUACAGGUGGUAGCAGCCGAGUUCGAUACAUGAUUCUCGGAGACAACUAUUGUGGAGACGAAUCAAAUCGUAUCCCAAAAGAAAUGGCAAAGUCUUUGCGUACAUUACUAAUAACAUCCAACUAUCUGCCAACGUGGAAUCGGUGCAUUAUAUUAUCGUGA